UGGAGGGAGGAGAGAGAGAUAGACAGAGGGAAAGGCAGGAAGAAAAUGAGUGACUGGUUAGCUCUAGAACAGCUGCAAAAGAGGCAGGCUAACUGAGAGAAGCCAGAUGCUGGAUACACAUGAUAAAUACACCAGACCGCACGGAAUACGUCUUCAACACAGGAUCUCCCUACUGGUCUUUCUCUAUGUGUGAAAGGAGAGGAGGAAAUCUUGGGGGUAGCCCAAGAGGACCAGGAGUAGAUCUGGAGACUGAGAACACCUCCAAAGACAAAACCGCUCAGGUCCAGGCAAAAGCCAAAGGAGUAGGGGGCAUGGCUUCAAAAAGGGGUAAGUCUGGGCUCCCACAAGCGGCUCCUCGGGCUGAGCUGAAGUUCUACCGAGGUGGAAAUUUAGAGGGUCGUCUUCCAGUGCCUAGCAACUUGCGCAAGCAGAAGUCCUUGACCAAUCUAUGCGUGCUUACGGACUCUGAGAAAAAGAUGCACCUGUACCAGCCCAAGUGGUCAGAUGAUAUGGACAAGCCUGGGGCAGGUCAGAACAAGACCGGCAAGCUCAAAGGUACUGGAAGAGUUCCUGGAAAAUCUAUCCCACUCUCCAAAAACCUUUCCAAGUCGGAGCAUUCACUGUUUCAGGGAAAGCCAAAACCUUUUAGUCCUCCUCCUUCUAACUUGAGUAAACCUAGUCGGAUACCCAGGGGUCCUUAUGCAGAGGUAAAACCUAUUAGCAAGGCUGAAGAGCUAGCAGAUGACAUCAAGUCAGAUGAUGAAAUCUUGUCCUGCAAGGCUAAAGCUAAUGGGAAGAAAUCUUGUACCCCGGGAGCAGCCACUCCAGGAACUGGAGGCAAAGAUGCAUCAGAACAUGAGGAAGAGGACAAGACCUUUCUAAAGGUGGAUCCAGAACUUGUCGUAACAGUACUUGGGGACCUGGAACAGCUUCUCUUCAGUCAGAUGUUGGAUCCAGAGUCCCAGAGGAAACGUACUGUUCAGAAUGUCCUCGACCUCCGGCAGAACCUGGAAGAGACCAUGUCCAGCUUGCGGGGGUCUCAGCUCAGCCACAGCUGUAUUGAAAGCACCAUGUGCUAUGACAGUGAUGAAACCAACGCUUGCAGCAUCUCCAGCCUGUCCAACCGUUCCUCCCCUCUCUCCUGGCGCCAAGGCCAGUCUAGCCCACGUCUGCAAGCUGGAGAUGCCCCCUCCUCCAGGGUCACCGCCCACUCGCUGCCCAUCCGUGCGUCAAUGCAGAUCAGCCACCUGCAGCGCAUCCAACUCAUCGAGGGCCUGGAUGCCACGGACGAUGACAUGGCCGACCUCAAGUCUGGUUACCUUAGUGAUGUAAACCAGAAGGGCAAGAGCCAACAAGAGGAUGAUGAUGACAACGACGAUGAUGAUGAUGAUGUAGACGUCGAUGAUGAUGACCUGGCUAAUGGUUGGGAUGAAAGCAGCUCUAUCAGCAGCGGUUUGAGUGACGGUUCAGACAACCUCAGCUCAGAAGAGUUCAAUGCAGUCUCCUCCCUCAACUCUCUGCCAACCACUCCCAUUGGCUCCAGGAGAAAUUCUGCCAUUGUGCUGCGUACUGAUGCCGAGAAACGCUCGCUGGUUGAAAGCGGCCUUUCCUGGUACAAUGAGGAGGGGAAGUCUCAGUGCCAGACCAGGGGAGGAUACGAAACGGGCAGCCUUAAGGCCGAGUCAUCCAACAAGUGGAAAAAGAGUCGAGUGCAGGAUGACACAGCCGUCAAAGGUGAACUGAAGAAACCGCAGACGCUUGGCCACCCACCCAGUGGACUGAAGAAGAGCCGUAACCCUCCUGUAGGCGUGACAUCACCGAUCACGCACACUACACAGAGCAUGCUCAAAGUACCAGGAGUUACAAGGAACGAACAGCGAGUUUUGGAUAAAACCAAAAAGGCAGUAAAAACAGCUGGCUUACAACGUUCAAGUUCGGAUGCAGGCAAAGAUCGUGGUGAACAUCAAAAACCUCCCUCCGGCCUCGUCCGUCCCUCUUCCGCCACUGUAAAUUCCUUCGGUUUCAAAAAAUCAGCUCCUGCAACUGGCACUGCCACUGUGCUAACAACUGGUGGAAAUACAGUUUCUGGAGACUCUGCGAUUGUUAGCAAAGCACCUAAAACCACUGGCAUUCCUGUGAAACCUUCUAAUGGUGGUGUAGGUGCAGGACGGAAGACCAGCCUUGAUGUUUCAAACUGUGAUCCAGGUUUCAUGGCUCCAAAUGCACGCAACAACAUCCAGUAUCGUAGUCUCCCAAGACCUGCAAAGUCCAGCACCUUGAGUUUGACGGGAGGUCGGCCUGGCAAUCGCCCUGUUAGCAGCAACAUGGAUGCUGGUCUACAGACCCUAAAAACAGUCCCCACCCAGUCCAGACUUAAGGAACCAGGCAGUGGAAAGAUCUCAAGCCGUGCUAGUACAGGAGGGAUUGGCCCAGUUAAUCAGACUGACCGUGAGAAGGAAAAGGCCAAAGCCAAAGCAGUGACAUCAGAUUCUGAUUGUUGCGGAAGUAACUCGUUAAAGAACGGUACGUUAAUGCCAAUACAGUCUGGAUUGGAGCCACCUUCCAAGCUUUUGGGGCUUCGACAACCAUCCAGCUUGGGGAAAUAUUCAGAGCUGCCCUCUCCAAACAGCCAAAGGCCGCCCAGUGCCAGAUCUCUGCCCAAACCUGCUCAUCUGGACAAGGUCAACUCCAACAGCCUCAACUGUGGGAUAGUUGACGUUGUGAACCAACUUCCACCCAAAGUGCCGCCCUUCUCCAAACUACAGGAGCUAUCAGGAAUGAGUAGCCCAAACACAACCUGUCUGACCCCCAGCCCGGCUCCUGUCCUCAAUGUCAACUCCUCUGAAUGUUUCUCUAGUGACACAGUGGGCCGAGGGGGCAGUGCUGGUGGCUCUCCCUCACUCUACCCCCGUCUCUCUGGGCUGCAUCGUAGCAUGGAGUCCCUGUCCCUGCAGAUGAGUGUGUCUCCAGCAGUGGGAACUGUGACAGAGUCCAGAUCCAGACAUGAGGACAGAGGGCCAGUAAGUGGCUGGUCAACAGGAAGCAGGGUUUCACUUACUCUCACGACAGACAGCUCACAAAGGGACAGAAAUACUCUGCCAAAGAAAGGCUUAAGCCAGCACAACCCCUCACAGGCUGAGGAGGAAAAUAAAGAGAGACGUCACUCACACAACAUAGUGAGUUUGACAGAGACGGACAGUCCACCGCAGUUCCCUUCACCCAUACUGACAGCAAAGAUGCCACUGACCAGCAUCAUGACACCAAGCCCCACUUCUGGCACUCCCAGAAUUACCCGAUCCAACAGUAUCCCCACCCAUGAGGCCAGCUUUGAGCUGUAUCAAGCCUCUCCACUGGGCAGCACUCUAUCGCUUGCCGAACGGCCAAAGAGCAUGAUCCGGUCUGGCUCCUUCAGAGACAGAGAACCUGGCGAUGAUGUUCAUGGCUCAGUGCUGUCACUUGUAUCUAAUGCCUCCUCCAGCUACUCUUCUGCAGAGGAGAGAAUGCAGGGCGAGCAAAUCCGUAAGCUGAGGAGAGAGCUGGAAUCUUCACAGGAGAAGGUGGCCAAUCUGACCUCACAGCUGUCUGCUAAUGCCAACCUGGUGGCAGCGUUUGAGCAGAGUCUCACGCUUAUGACAUCACGACUCCAGAGUCUCUCUGUAACCGCUGAUCAAAAGGACACUGAAUUACUGGACCUAAGAGAUACAAUUGAAAACCUCAAGACCAAGAACAUGGAGGCGCAGGCCGUCAUCCAUGGAGCCCUCAGUAACCCUGAUAUUGCCCCCAAAGAGUUCCGUAUGAGGAGGCAGAAUUCAUCCGAGAGCAUCUCCAGUCUAAACAGCAUUACCAGUCACUCCAGUGUGGGCAGCCUCAAAGAUGAUGCCAAGAAAAAGAAGAAAAAGAGCUGGUUACGCAGUUCUUUUGGCAAAGCGUUCAGCAUUAAGAAGGGCUCUAAAGGCGGCUCUAUGUACUCUGAUAUUGAAGAGAUCGCCACUCCAGACUCCUCAGCCCCCAACUCACCAAAACUAGCCCAUGAAGAUGGAGAGAACCAACCCACUUCACUCCCAUCCACCGAAUUAACCGCCUCCUCUGUGAUCCACGAGAGUACUGAGGAAAAUGAAAGCGAUGAGAAUGUGGUGUCAGAGCUGCGGUCUGAGCUGUGGGAGAAAGAGAUGAAACUAACAGACAUCCGUCUGGAGGCGCUUAGCUCAGCACACCAGCUGGAGCAGCUACGAGAUACCAUGAACAACAUGCAGAUGAUGGUGGAGAAUCUCAAGGCAGAGAACGACCAGCUGAAAACAGGGAGUGCCCCAUCGUCCCUCGUCCUGCCUUGUGGCCCUCCCACAACCUCCACCUCCCAACCUUCUGGCCUGUCCAACCUCCUCAACUCCAGCCAAACCAAACCACCCAUGACUCUCACCAAGUCCUUCAGCCUCAGCCUCAAUGAAUUCUCCAACCCUGACAUUGCCCCUAUGGAGUCACUGAGCAUAUCAUCUCAAAGGGAUGAGGUCUUUACGCGUGUGGUGGUCCGAAUAGCUGACCAGCAAAUGUAUAGAGAGAUGAAGCAACGUGAUUUCUACAUCGGCUCUGUGAAAAUUAAUGGGAAGACUGAUUGGUCUACAUUAGACACAGUCAUCUCCACUAUUUUUAAGGACUACAUCUGCCAGGUGGACCCUGGUGCAAGUAUGGGGCUGUCUGUAGACUCCAUCCACAGUUACAGUAUUAAUCAGAGCGGGAGGGUGAUUGGAGAAGAAGCCCCAUCGAGCUCACCAUGGGACAGUUUAAUAAAGGGUCUGGGACUCAUCUCUGUUGCCCUUAAAGGUUUUAAAGAGAAGUGUGUGGACAGUCUAGUAUUUGAGACACUCAUCCCCAAGCCUAUGAUGCAGCACUACAUCAGCCUGCUGCUAAAGCACCGAAGGCUGGUCCUGUCAGGUCCCAGCGGCACGGGAAAGACCUACCUCACCACCCGCCUGGCUGAGUACCUGCUGGAGAGGAGCGGCCGUGAGCCCGGCCCUGGCCUUAUCACCACCUUCAACAUGCACCAACGGACAUGCAAGGAUCUACAGUUGUACUUGUCUAAUCUGGCCAAUCAGAUUGACAGAGAUUGUGGCACUGAGGACAUUCCAUUGGUCAUAAUCUUGGAUGAAGUCAGUGAUGCAUUUUCCAUUACUGACCUGGUCAACAGUGCACUGACCUGCAAAUAUCACAAAUGCCCAUAUGUCAUUGGAGCAACCAAUCAGCCUGUGAAGAUGUCAUCCAAUCAUGGUUUGCAUCUCAGCUUUAGAAUGGUCACCUUCUCCAACAACGUGGAGCCUGCAAAUGGGUUCUUAGUGCGGUACUUGCACAGGAAGUUGAUCGAGACAGAGGAUGAGAGCACAGUUCAGAGAAAUGAGGUUCUAAGGGUUCUAGACUGGAUACCUAAACUCUGGUAUCAUCUCCAUACCUUCCUGGAGAAACACAGCACCUCAGAUUUCCUCAUAGGUCCUUGCUUCUUUCUGUCCUGUCCAGUGACAUUACCAGAGUUUCGGUCCUGGUUUAUUGACCUCUGGAACCAGUCCAUUAUUCCUUAUCUGCAGGAGGGAGCCAAGGAUGGUGUGAAGGUCCAUGGUCAGAAAGCAGCAUGGGAGGAUCCCGUGGAGUGGGUGAGGGAUACGCUGCCCUGGCCUUCAGCUCAACAGGACCAGGCCAAACUCUUUCACCUUCCUCCCCCAACCACAAGCCCAAACGCUGCUCCAACACAACAGCUCAGUGACAACAGGUCAAGCAAAGACACUCCACUGCCCACCAUGGAGUCAGAUCCACUGAUGGCUAUGCUGCUGAAACUCCAGGAGUCAGCCAACUACAUUGAAUCACCGGAAUGGGACAUUUCAGGCAACCCCAAUUUCUAGGAUGAACUGAAGCACUCACUAAAUGCUUG